AUGGAGGCCUCUUCCCUCGCCAGGAACCUGCUGCCUAGUCCCAUGCCCGAGCUUUCCUUCUCCUCCUCUCUCAGCCCAUUUCCCGUCAGGAGUCGCCUCAGGUCUUCCAAAUCCGUGCAAACCACCUUACAGAGAACCCCAGUACAUGCCGUCGCCGUCAACCAGGAGACACCCCAGAACAGCCCCCAGAGGCUCCUCAAGGAGCUCGCCGAGCGUAAGAAGGCCGCCUUCCCGAAGAAGAGGGUCCCUCCCAAGAGAUUCAUCCUGAAACCUCCGAUGGACGAUGCCAAAUUGAUCGAUAGGUUCCUGAAAAGCCCCCAGCUGUCUCUGAAGUCCUUUCCUCUUCUGAGUUCUUGCUUGCCCUCCUCCCGGUUGAAUAAUGCGGAUAGAACAUGGAUAGAAGAGUAUCUUCUAGAGGCGAAGCAAGCUCUGGGUUACCCAUUAGAGCCCACUGAGGAGCUCGGGGACGAUAACCCAGCGAAGCAAUUCGACACCUUGCUCUACCUGGCUUUCCAGCACCCUUCGUGCGAGAGGACCAACGCGAGGCACGUCAGAAACGGGCACUCGCGGCUCUGCUUCUUGGGGCAAUACGUGCUCGAACUGGCAUUUGCGGAGUUUUUCCUGCAAAAAUAUCCGAGGGAGUCCCCGGCGCCAAUGAGGGAGAGGGUCUUUUCAAUGAUUGGGAAGAGGUUCUUGCCCAAGUGGAUUAAGGCAGCGAGCUUGCAGAACCUGGUCUUCCCCUUCGAAGAUAUGGACAGAAUGAUCCGAAAGGACAGAGAGCCCCCCGUGAAGUGAGCCCUCCUUUCUAACUGAAAAUUUCCCCCUUUUUUCUGCAUUUUAUUCAUCAGAAAUUUGUCUGCGAAUCUUCUACCAUGCCUCUAAGCAGAUGCUUUCCCUUUGAAGUCAUCCAUCCGAGCUCACUGUGAGAGAUUCCCUGCGAUGCAUUUGAUAGAGAAAAAGAAAAUUGUAGGAGCAAGAAAAAAACUUGAUUCCUCAGACCAGUUCCAGAGUGCACCUUUUUUUUCCUAUUUGUCGUCCAUAAACACUACUGGGUUCGCCAAUUCCAAUACGGGUUAUCAAGUUUCCCUCAACUUAUGCUAUUUUGCCUUUAUGGGAUUGUUUUCCAGAUGUUCUUUAGAAAAUCAUCCGAAAAUGUCAGGCUCGAUGGCAUCUCCACCAUUUCUUCUUUUUUUCUCCUAAAGCAGCGAAUCCAGCUUACCUUUCUGGCGUACUACCCUCUUGCAUGCAUAUAUAUAUCUAUAUCUAUAUAUAUAUAUAUAUAUAUAUAUAUAUAGUAGCUAUUCUCCACGUCUGUCUGCUAUAUCUUCUUGGUUGUUUCUUCAGGUCUGUGUUUUGGGCACUAUUUGGAGCAAUCUAUCUAUGUUUCGGGGUGCCGGAGGUCUACCGGGUCCUCUUUGAAGUGUUCGGAAUGGACCCAGAGGACGAGAGCUGCCAGCCCAAGCUGAGGCGACAACUGGAAGACGUAGACCAUGUCUCCGUCGAAUUUGAGGACAGAAAGCUCAGCUGGCAGGACGUCGCAGCCUACAAGGCAAGAAGCCUCCCUUCCGCCCAUUGAAGCUCAGUUCAUGAGCUCUCAACUUUCGUCGUAUUCUAUCUUUCAACAUUGAGAUCCAAUUGCUCCUUUACAGCCUCCCCAAGAUGCUCUCUUCGCGCACCCGAGGCUCUUCAGGGCCUGCGUUCCCCCGGGGAUGCACCGUUUCCGGGGGAACAUCUGGGAUUUUGAGUGCAGGCCCCGGGUCAUGCAAGCGCUGGGCUAUCCGCUGCCGAUGAACGACAGAAUCCCAGAGAUCACCGAAGCCCGGAAUAUCGAACUGGGUCUCGGACUUCAGGUUCUCUCUCUCUCUCUCUCUCUGAAUGUGUCAGUGUUUCUUGGAAUGGGAGAUCAGGUAGAUGGUAAGCUGUGAGUUGGGAAAACUGGAAGAUUUUAGUGGGUUGCGUCUUCACCUUCACGAGGAUUUUGGUGGUGGUUGGGUUUGAUGAGGGCAGUUUUCCUUGCGGAGAAGAAGAUUUUGGGAACUGGGUUACGAACCCGGCGUUGUUUUUUUUAUUAUUCACGAAGUAAACACCUUCGUCUUCGUUGAACUUGCUAUUUCAGUAAGAAAAUAUCGAUUUUUCAUGCUUAUUUUCCUUGAAUGGCAGCUCUGCUUUCUUCACCCGUCCAAGUACAAGUUCGAGCACCCCCGCUUUUGCUUGGAACGGCUAGAAUAUCUGGGCCAGAAGAUCCAGGUAGCCCUUCUUCCCCAUAGUUUCUUCCCCUAUUUAUUCUGAUUGAAACCGACCAAGAUCUGCAUGGUGCUUGCUUCUCUCCAGGAUCUGGUGAUGGCGGAGAGGCUGCUCAUGAAGCAUUUGGACGCGCCGGGCCUGUGGCUGCAGCAGAAGCACCGCCGCAUGCUGCUGAACAAGUUCUGCGGGCGCUAUCUGAGGGACAAGCAUCUCCACAAGUUCAUUAUCUACGGGGAGCCCGUGCAGGACUCCUACGAGCACAACCGGCGGCUGAGGAACCCGGCCACGACCGCCGUCCAGCAGGCGAUCCACGGGCUGUCGUACGCCAUCUACGGGAAGCCCGACGUGCGGCGGCUGAUGUUCGAGGUGUUCGACUUUGAGCAGAUCCAGCCGAAGCCGGUGUGA